AUGGGUUCAACCCUUAUGUGGUGGUUGACUGCGAUUAUUGCCUUUGCCACCACGGCACCUAUUAUUGAAGACCGCAGCCAAGGCAACAGUGCGAGCGCUGAGCAUGCCAUUGGAAAGCGCCAGAUGUUAUCAGAAGGGCAACCUAUCAGCGCAGAUGGAGGAGGAGCACCAAUUCUCGGUGAAUAAUGAUAUUUCCUGGUUGUCAUAGUAAGCUAAUGGGCAUUAUAAGGUGGAACAAACAAACAAAUCGACUUAGCUAAUCCUGAUAACCUCGGAGCUCAAAAGUCUGAUAAUGGUGUCGUUCCCAAUCUGAAAUGGAGCUUCAGUAAUUCCAAGACGAGGAUUCUUCCUGGCGGAUGGGCCCGUGAACAGGUUGUCACAGACCUACCGUCAAGUCAUGAUAUCUCUGCCGCUCAACAGCAUCUUAAGAAGGGCGCCAUUCGGGAGCUUCACUGGCAUAAAGUCGUGAGUAGCCUUCACCGGAUGCCUCAGAAUGAAACUUACAAGUAUGUAGGCUGAAUGGGGAUACGUAUACGCUGGAUCGAUCAUUGUUUCCGCAGUUGAUGAAGAUGGAAGAUAUCAAGUCGACAAACUCGAAGUGGGAGAUAUAUGGUACUUCCCCAAAGGAGCCGCGCAUACCAUCCAAGGACUCUCUGAUGAAAACGAAUACCUUCUUGUUUUCGACACUGGUAAUUUCGAUGCAAUAGGGUACAACAUUCCCUUCUCCGCUCCUACUUAACACUAGACUGACCAAACCCCAAGUACAACUUUCAAUGUCGACGAUUGGGUGAACCAUACACCCAAAUCCGUACUUGCCAAAACUUCGGCGUCAGCGAAGCAGUAUUCGACACCGUCCCCUCGCCCAAUCCCUACAUUUUCAACGCUGAAAACAGCGACAUUCCACUGACCGGCCCCGAGAGCGGUCUCACAGGACCCAGUUCUUAUGUAUUCAAACUUUCGCAAAACAAACCUUUGAACAUCCCAGGCGGCGGAGGGAAUCUGACAAUUGUCGACUCAAGAAACUUUCCGAUAUCGAAGACGAUUGCUGCUACGAUUGUUAGUUUGGAACCGGGUGGAUUGCGGGAGUUGCAUUGGCAUCCAAGUGUGAGUUCUGCGUUUUCUCUAUGCCGUGAGAACAAUCAAGAAAUGCCAGAUAUAGAGAACGAUUCCUGACUCUUUUGAUAGGCUGAAGAGUGGUUGUAUUUCCAUCAAGGACAGGCACGUGCUACCGUCUUCAUUGGCAACGCCAAUGCUAGGACCAUCGAUUUCUCAGCAGGCGAUACGGGCGUAUUCCCUAAUAACAGUGGUAUGUAG